AUGAGUAUGAAGAUGGAAGGGGGUGUGGCUCGUCUGAGAGGAGUCCUGGACAGCUUUACGCUCACCAGAGGACACCUGGACAGCUUUACGCUCACCAGAUCUGACCUGGAGAUGCAGAUUGAGGGGCUGAAGGAGGAGCUGGUCUACCUCAGGAAGAACCAUGAGGAGGAGAUGCAUUUGAUGCAGACACAGCAGUGUGGUGCUGUGAAUGUGGAGAUGGACUGUGCUUCCUCAGUGGACAUGAGCAAGGUGCUGGAGGAGAUGAGGACCCAGUAUGAGGGCAUGGUGGCGAAGAACCAGAGAGAUGCUGCCAAGUGGUUUGAGAGCAAGGUGACCGACCUGAAGAGGACCUUCCAGAGCCUGGAGAUUGAACUGCAUGGCCUGCUCACUCAGAAGGGGUACUUGGAGGAGAGCGCUGAUAUAAACGGCCGCCACGGCUCCCAGCUGAGCCAGCUGCAGGUUUGUAUCAACAGCAUGGGGGAGGAGCUGCAACAGCUCAAAGUCAGCAUCCAGCAGCAGGCCUCCGAGUACCAGAUCCUCCUGGACAUCAAGAUGAGUCUGGAGAUGGAGAUCGCUGAGUACAGGAGGCUGCUGGAUGGAGAGGGAUUCAGUAAGCAUGUGGAGACCAGACAGGAGGUCAGGAAAGUGAUCGGUCCAGGAAGUGGUGGAAGAGUACAACCCACACAUGCAGAAGAGGGUGAUCGUGGAGGAGAUGGUGGAUGGAAGGUGGUCUCUCUCUCUCUCUCUCUCUCUCUCUCUCGCUCAUAUAUAAAUAAUGUCAUGGUCGCAUACUGUAAUAUUUCCCUUUAGACAGGAUUGCAUCAGCUGAAUGAUAACUGAUGUAAUUUACUCGUGUUACCUUAUAACUCUUAAAUGGCGAAUUGAACGUUAUUUCUAGAAUAUGUAUUUCCUGUUGUUCCAUUCAUUGCCACCAGGUGGCAGGUCUCUCAUUUAAACAUCUUUGGCCAGCCCAAUUAAAAGUGAGUAAAGUGGAAACAUAAUAUUACAGUUACAUAACUGACAUCAGAGAAAGUAUUACUUGUGUCAUCAGCCAUUUAUAAAAGCCAUUUUACUCCCUGGACCACAAGCCAUGUAUGUUCUCUGGACACUCUGACAAGGUUAGAGUUCAUGUUGGAGCGGCAGGUAGCCUAGUGGUUAGAGCGUUGGACUAGUAACUGAAAUGUUGCAAGAUUGAAUCCCUGAGCUGACAAGGUCGUCUGUCGUUCUGCCCCUGAACAACGCAGUUAACCCGCUGUUUCUAGGCUGUCAUUGAAAAUAAGAAUUUGUUCUGAAAUGACUUGCCUAGUUAAAUAAAGGAAAAAAAUGUUCUGUUGGCCUAAUACAUUUGGCUGUUGAUUAAAUAUAGAUGUCAAUGCAUUCCAGCACACUGAUAUCAUAGUUGAGGGUCUGUUGCUGUCCUCUAAAAAGCUGAAAAGAAACACCUUUGCAGAGUGGAUGAGGCCAACACACAUACUGUGCCCUACAUUAUAUGAGCAUAACACUCAUGGGAAUUUCACUUACUCCAACAUGUUCUCAGAGCAGAACGGAUUAUGAUUGGUUGCAUCAGACAACCAAUGAAAAAGGAGGAGGUGGGGAGGAGAUGCAGUAUCCCAUCAUUCAGGUCAUGUGGGGCAGACCUGUUUUGUGACCCACAUGUUUUGCUUGCUAGUAAACAAUUUUGCUGCUCUAAGGGAAGUUUGAGUCAACUGGGUCUUCUGCUGCUCUAACAGCAGAACUGUCAGUACUGGCCAUCAACACAGUACUCCACAUUCCUCUUGCCCCCUUUUCCUACAUUAUUUUAUUCCCUAUUAAUGAUGUUGUGAACUUGUGACCCAUGUGAAG